AUGUCCUACACUUAAACAGGUACUCCUUAUUAUGCAAGUCCAGAGAUCUGGAGAGACAAGCCAUACGAUUUAAAAUCUGAUAUGUGGUCUAUUGGAAUAAUUAUAUAUGAAAUAGCUAUGCUUAAGGUACCUUUUAAGUCUGAUGAGAUCGAAGGACUCUAUAAACUGGUAUGCAGAGGUGCUUAUUAAAAUUUAGAUGAAAACCUAUUUUCACCCUAAUUAGCCCAACUGAUUAGAAGUUUAUUGUCAGUCACUCCUAAUCAAAGACCAUCUUGUGAUUAAGUUUUAGCAUUACCAUUUGUUUACUCAAUGAUGAUUAAGCUUGGAAUGGCCUCAGAGCAAAUUCUUCCAGAGAAAUAAUUUGGAUUAAAUCUAAAAGAAAACAAUUUUAAACCCUCUGACAUAGAACCUUUACUUGCCCCCUAUAAUGUCCUUCAUAUCUAGAGUAGACUGCCUAAACCUGAAUUUGACGAUAUUGACCGUCACAAAUCAUAUUUGGACUAAGCUAAAGAUAUCUUCCCUCGAAUGACUAUGAUAAGAUCCUAUCCAUUCAGGCCAGGUAAACUUCCAGUAGUCUAACCUUAAGAUCCUUAUGAGACAGAACGUCUCUUUGAUAGAUCAAUAAAAUCUCAACCAACCAACAUUUUUCAGUCUUUGUUUAAUGACGAUCAGGAGAUAUUAUUUAGUAAGAUUUAGCAAGAAAAGUAAUUGCUUAAGAUAUUUGAUGAGAAGUAUAAGCAAGAGGCUGAACGCCGAAGAUAGGAAAGAUUGGAUUUCUACAAUAGAAACAAACAAGAAAAACAUUACUUUCCAGAAAUACUUCUGCAUAAAUAUGAUGUGCAAGAGAAAAUACUUAGUAAACUUCCGUAUAUUCCCUCUUAGUAUGGCUUAUCUAAUAAUGGUCGCUCAAUCUAUGGGAAUAGUAUUUUGAGUCAACCUGAGUAAAAAUAUAAGAAUAGUACAUUAUGA